AUGGAUUGUUUGGAUAGUAUCAAUUCAGAAAAACAAGUAAAUGCUUCUAAUUUAUUCCAAUUUUCGUCGGAUAAAAUUUCGAAUGAAGAAUUAAAAUCGGAAGAAUUUAUGGAAUUUAAUGAACAAAAUAAUCAACAAAAUAUUGAAGGAAUAAAUGAAUUUAGUAGUGGAAAUUUAAAUUUUGAGGAACAAAUUAAUUUAAAAAGUGAAAAUUGUUUGGAAGAUGAGGAAUUAAAUGGAGUAGAUAACUACAAUAAUAAUAAUAAUUUAAUUUUUCAACAUCAAAAUGAAAGUCAACACCACCAACAACAACAACAAAUCCAAACCCCAACGAGGCCUUCGUCUUCUUCAAAUUAUUGCCAAAAAGAAGAAUGUUCAGGGGAUGAAUUACCUCCAAAUGAGGAAUUAAUUGGGGCUCCUGUACACGAAAUACGUUGUGGACUUUUAAUUGGGAAAUUGCAUAUGAUUAGAUUUACAUGUCCGGGAAUACAUAGAAAAUGUGUGGAAUUUGAGGGUAAAUUAAUUAGUCCAAGACAAUUUACAAUUAAAGCAGAAAAGGAUAAACAAAAAGAUUGGAAAGGAAGUAUUCGUUUAGGAAAGCAUAAUUUAAGAACUUUAAUGGAAAUGAAAACUUUGGAUUUUUAUGAACACGAAAUUAAUUGUAGUUUAAAAUGUCAAAGUCGAAAUUAUAUAAAGAAUAGAAAAGCAGAAGGUGGAAAUAAUGAAAUGAAUAUAAAUUCUGAUAAUAAUUCUGAAAGAUUUAGUGAAAUGUGUGAAAUUAAUGAUAUUAAAUCAAUCCCUUCGUCAGCCUGUUCCUCAGCUACUUCUACUCGAAAAAGCUCUUCAGUAUUGGAAGAAUUUGCUUGUCAAACAGUUCCCCCAAUAUAUUCAGACCAUCACAAUCACCACCACCACCAAAACAACAAUAACCACCAAAAUUUUGAUUAUUUAAAUGAAAUUGAAGAAGAAGAGGAAAUGUUGACAUCUCAAAAUAAUUCAAAAACUUUUUAUUCUUCCCCCUCUUCAUCUACUCCUUCAACAACAACAACAAAUACUUUCCUUCCUUCAACAUCCUCAAUUCCUUUAAAUUCUCCAAAUAUUCCAUCUGAAUUAAUUAAUUUUAAAAAAGGAGGGGAAUCAGCUAGUCUUUUAAAUAAUAAUACUUUAAAUACUUUACUCCAAUUACAACAACACCAAAAUAAUAAUAAUAGUCCUCUUAAACAAUUAUUACUUUUACCAAAGAAUUUAUCUCAAAAUAAUGGGAUUGCUUUAAAUAGCAAUGGAGGACAUAUAGAAAAUACUAUCAAAACACCAAAUAUUCCAAAACCUUCAUCAUCUUCAUCAAUUUCACUACCUUCUACUCAUUUACCUCCUCCAAUAGAAAAUUCUAACAAUAAUUUGUCACAAGAAGCAGCUAUAGCUUUAUUACUUCAAUCAGUCCAAACUUCCAUAAUUUUAGAACAACAACAAAAAGCGGCUAAUUUAAAUCAAAAUAAUAAUUCAAAUAAUUUAUUAUUAGCACAAUUAGUGUCUACAUUAAAUGGGAAUGGAGGGGGAACAACAGCAACAACAACACUUCAUCACAAUCAACAACAACAACAUUCUUCAUUACUCUCAAAUAAAAAUUUAAUUAAUGGUAACGGAAUUGAAAAACUUUUAGCAGCUGCAGCAUUAUCUCAACAAUUACAACAACAACAACGAACUCCAUUAAAACAUAAUGAACAACCAGCAGCUGUUACAAAUAUUUCAAAUAUUCGGAAAAAUGCCAGUAUGUUUUGGUCCCAAAUGCGUAAUAUGGGUUUACUUGAGGAUAUGCUAAAAACUUUAAGUGACACAUUAGAACGUUUAAAACAAAUUUAUUUGACUGGGGGAAAUGCUGUUAGUGAAGAAUUUGCAGCCCAGCGUUUAUCAGGCGUUGCUAUAGCUCUAGAUUUGUGUUCACUUUUUGGUGAAAAAAUUCAUUCUCGUUAUAUACAAGCAACUUUAGAGUCAACAUUAAUUAGCAAAGAAUUAUUAGAAUUACAACGUAAACAAGACGAACAAAAAAGAAAAUUAGAAAAUGCAAAAAGAAAGUCCCAAGUUUUUGACCAAAUUUUAAAAAAUGGAAAUGGGACAGCAACAUUAAAUAAAAAUAUUAUUAAUUCAACUUCUCUUCGUGGCACAAAUCACUCCUCUUCUACAAAUGAAAAUGGGACACCAGAAAUUAAAAAAAUUCACUUGAAUAUUUAA